AUGUUAGGAAACAAGGUCCCAACCAGUCAACCCACCAGACUGUUUAGUUUCAUGAACCCCCUCGCCGUGGAAAUUUGGCUCUAUGUAUUGGCAGCGUACGUGUUGGUGUCAUUUACAUUGUUUGUAAUGGCGAGGUUUUCCCCAUACGAAUGGAAUAACCCCCACCCUUGCCACCAGGACUCUGACAUUGUAGAAAACCAAUUUUCGGUUUCAAACAGUUUUUGGUUCAUCACAGGAACCUUUUUGCGGCAGGGAUCUGGAUUGAAUCCUAAGGUAUCAGUGCGCGCUCCCACCAAACUGUUCGCCUUUUUGACGCCCUUGGCCAUUGAAAUAUGGUUAUACAUGGUAGUCGGAUACGUUCUUGUUUCUUUAACGAUCUGGAUCGCUGCCAGAGUUUCUCCGAAAGAAUGGCGAGAGAUCGAGCCAUGCCACAAUAAUUAUCUGGAUGUUUUAGAAAACGGAUUUACUUUGGGAAACAGUUUUUGGUUCGCGAUAGGGUCCUUAAUGCAACAAGGGUCCGACCUUAAUCCAAAGGCAACGUCGACCCGCAUCGUAGGCGGUAUCUGGUGGUUUUUCACCCUCAUUAUAAUAUCAUCGUACACGGCGAAUUUAGCCGCUUUCCUUACUGUGGAACGGAUGAUUACCCCCAUAGAGAGCGCCCAGGACUUGGCCGAACAAACGGAAAUCGCGUAUGGAACUCUGGAAGGCGGCAGUACUAUGACUUUUUUCAGGGAUUCCAAAAUUGGAAUAUAUCAAAAGAUGUGGAGGUUCAUGGAAAAUAGAAACCCACCAGCUUUCGUAAAAUCUUACGAGGAUGGAGUACAGAGGGUGUUAGAAGGCGACUACGCCUUUCUCAUGGAAUCAACUAUGUUAGAUUAUGCAGUUCAAAGGGACUGCAACUUAACUCAAAUAGGAGGUUUGUUGGACUCCAAAGGAUAUGGUAUUGCUACCCCAAAGGGUAGUCCUUGGAGGGACAAAAUAUCGCUAGCUAUUCUCGAACUUCAAGAGAAAGGUGUGAUACAAAUUUUGUAUGACAAAUGGUGGAAGAAUACGGGAGACGUGUGCACCCGAGAUGAUAAGAGUAAAGAAUCGAAAGCUAAUGCCUUAGGUGUAGAGAAUAUAGGUGGAGUUUUCGUCGUCCUACUUUGCGGCCUAGCCCUAGCCAUCCUUGUUGCCAUUUUAGAAUUCUGUUGGAAUAGCAAAAAGAACGCUCAGACCGACCGCCAGUCGCUGUGUUCAGAGAUGGCUGAGGAACUCAGGUUCGCAGUCCGCUGUCACGGAUCGCGGCAAAGGCCGGCCCUGAGACGGUCCUGUACGAGGUGCAGCCCAGCCACCACGUACGUGCCUGCUGCACUUGAUUUGCCGCAUCUCAAUGGGGAAGGAGUAAUGCUACCAAUAUCUCAUCAAAAAGCGGCGACGCUAAACUACAAGGUAGACCUCCAUUGCCCCGACCUGGGCGCCACCAAGAGCGCCACGCUGGGGCGCAGCCGUACCGUGGUAGGGCCUCAAAACCCCUGCGACGUGGUCCAGAGUGGGCUCAACGUGUCUGACAAGAUACUGUGGAAGUUCGAUUGUGAUAUCGCUAGUCCAAAUAGUCCUGAUGUAGUGACUAGAACAAUGCCAGACGCUGUUGAGAGUAGGACCACCACUUUGUGA